CGGGCCCGUGACGUCACGGGCGGCGGCGGCGGGCGCUCCGUGAGGUCACGGCGCGGCCCGGCCCAGCGGCCCCGCCGGCGGGGAGCGGCGGGAGCAUGGCCGAGCCCGGCGCGGGGGACGCGGCGGGGGCGCCGCCGCCGCGGGUGGGCGCGUGGGUGCCGGUGCUGGUGGAGCAGAUGGUGAACGACACGCUGGUGGUGACGCUGAGCUGCGGGGAGCGGCGCUUCACCGGCGUGCUGCUGGACUGCUCCAAGAGGUCUGGACUGUUCUGUCUGCCGUCCUCCUUCCCCAAGCACGAGGACCCCCCCUGCGCUAACGGCGCGGCCGCCGCCGGGGCCGCCGCGCAGGGCGAGCCGCAGCCGCAGCCCGCGGGGCACCAGCCGGCCCACGGCCCCGCGGAGGAGCCGCUGCCGCCGCUGCUGCCCGCGCCGGGCGGGCCCCCGCCCUACCCGCCCUACUUCGAGGGAGCGCCCUUCCCGCGGCCCCUGUGGCUGCGGCACACCUACAACCAGUGGGUCCCGCAGCCGCCGCCGCGGACCAUAAAGAGGACGAGGAGGCGCCUGUCGCGCAACAGGGACCCGGGCAGGCUCAUCAUGAGCACCAUCCGGCUGCGGCCCAGGCAGGUGCUGUGCGAGAAGUGCAAGAACACGCUGAACCCCGAGGACGCCGGCGCGCCGCGGCAGAGCGCCAAGACCAGGAGGAAGCUGAGCGUUCAGGACAAGGAGCAGAAGAAGCACGGCGACCCCGACUACGUGGAGAAAAGGAACAAAAGAGAGAAGAGGGAGGAUGACAAGUUUUCUGGGGAACUGGUGCAUCGAACGCCGGUUAUAAAAAUAUCCUACAGUACUCCACAAGGGAAGGGUGAGGUGGUAAAAAUCCCUUCCCGAGUUCAUGGCUCGGUCAAACCGUUCUGUCCGGAGCAAGCGUUGCAGAACGGGGCCGGGGACCAAGAGGAGACCAGGGACUCUGAACGGUGUCGACAAACCAAAUGUUUAAUGGACAAGUCAGCAGGCAGCCAGCUUGCUUCCAUUCCAAAACUGAAGCUCACACGGCCAGUGCAUUCCAGCGUGGAUGUCCCACCCCCAAAGAUUCGGCUGAAGCCCCAUCGCAUCGACGACGGUCAGAGCGUUUCAAUUUAUAAGGCAGAACUGAUUGACGAAAUCAGCGUCCUCCAGAACAGCAGGGAGUCCAAUCCCAGGGCGUUUUACAAUGAUGAGUCCACCGACAGAAGUUUGGCUGAGAUAUCUUCAGGCAGUUCAGGUGAAGAUGAUGACUUUAAAAGGUUUCCCCAGGGUAAAGAUGGACACGAUAACUUGGCUUUCCUCAUGAAUUACCGUAAAAGAAAAGCAGAUUCUUCUAGUUUAUCGGUGUGUAGCAAUGACAGUCUAGAUGAAUCCAAGUCUUCUAGUUCAGAAGUGACAUCACCAGAACUAUUUGACUUUCUGCCUGGUGAUGAUGCCUCCGUCUCUUCAUCUUCAAAAGAUGAGCGUAAAAUUGUGCCACCACUGACAGUCAGACUGCACACGCAGAGUGUGUCUAAAUGUGUUACAGAAGAUGGAAGGACUGUUUCAGUGGGGGAUAUUGUCUGGGGUAAAAUUCACGGGUUUCCGUGGUGGCCGGCACGUGUUCUUGACAUAAACCUCAGCCAGAAGGAGAACGGGGAACCUUCGUGGCGAGAAGCUAAAGUGUCAUGGUUUGGUUCUCCGACGACUUCGUUCUUAUCUGUUUCAAAACUCUCUCCUUUCUCGGAGUUUUUCAAACUGAGAUUUAAUCGCAAGAAGAAAGGGAUGUACCGGAAGGCGAUCACGGAAGCUGCGAAGGCAGUGGAGCACCUGACUCCAGAAAUACGAGACCUCUUAACACAGUUUGAGACAUAACUCUGCCUCCAGUAUCAGGCUGCAGUGGAGUCCAGUACCUCCUUGGAAGGGCUCAGGGUUAUGAGGAAGCCCUUGAGCAGCAAGUUUCUAUUCAGAAAUCAUGAAGGCUUCCAGGGAGGCAUCUCAGAGGGGUCCCAGGAACUGAGGCCACCUCUGAAAACAGACUCCAGUUACAGAAUGCAUGCCUGGGGUUGGGGUGGACUGUAACCAGCGCAGCAGGUGAAUUUAUGAAACUGAGAAGGCUCAUUAGUGGGUUUCCUUUGUCUGGUUUAUUUAUUAACACACUGAACCUUCAUAUGAACAGCUGUAUUGAUUUCUGAAAAUCACCAAAUAAAAUUUAAACUAUUUCCUAAGAAUCGAAGAGCAAACACAAAGAAUGCUGGGCUGUGCACAGGCAGGCUGUGAUACCAGUGCUGAGCUGCUUUUGCACAUGUGUUCAUUUCAUUUUCCUUUGUUUCUAUCCUUGUUGCUUUCCCACUGGAGGACUGAAUUACCUAAUAAAUAUUU